AUGGCCACCUCAGCGAUCAACUUCAUCUAUCUGGUUCAAUUGAUCGCCAUCGUCGGCGCUGGCUUUCUAGCCCAGCCGAUUACUGAGCUAUUUGGCGCAAGCAGUCUAAGCGUCUGGCCUAGUUCCAUUCUCACUAUUUUCACUUCUGUUUUGACUCCACCGAUCAGUCAGGCCGCUGACUAUUGGGGCCGAAAAUGGUUUCUGGUUGUUCUAAUGGCCUGUGGGUGUGCCGGUUCUCUUGUCAUUGGAUGGGCAACGUCAAUGGGUAUGGUAAUUGGGGGUUUCUGCCUCUUGGGUCUAUCCUUUGGUAGUCAAUCUCUUCUCUUCGCCGUUGUAUCAGAGGUUUUACCACGAAAACACCGACCCGUUGCACAGUCCACUGUGAAUUUAACCGCUGGACUCGGGGCCGCGGCUGGCCUGAUAAUGGGUGGCGCACUGCUCCGUAAUAAUAUCCUUGAGCACUAUAGAGUCUACUGGUAUGUAGUCGCCGGCAUAUUCAUGGUGUCUUCAAUACUCUGCUUCUGCUUUUAUAACCCUCCUCCUCGAGAAGCCCAAGUGAGUUUGAGCACUAGUGAGAAACUACACCGAUUGGAUUGGGUCGGUAUUGGCACUUUCUCGCCCGGUCUAACUCUGUUCUGUGUUGGCCUCGCGUGGUCCCAAAAUCCAUACGAAUGGUCUAAUGCUCACAUUCUUGCACCUUUCAUUACUGGCGUUAUGCUCCUCAUUUUCUUUAUUGUCUAUGAAUGGCGCUGGAAGCGUGACGGGAUGCUUCAUCACGAUCUCUUUAAAAAACGAAACUUCCCAAUCUCUCUCGCUCUUGUGUUUGCAGAGGGUCUUUCUUUCUUUACCUGCAACAAUUACUACCCCUUUGAAGUUAGUCUGUUCACUGGGGGUUCUUUUUGGACGAUUGGUCUCCACUUUACUAUUGUGUUCUUUGGAUCUGUCGCCUUUGCCCCGCUGGCUGGAUUAUAUUCGGGCAAAAAGAAAGUCGUCCGAAGUCCUCUUUUUGUCGGCCUCUUAUGUCUGGUGAUCUUCAACGUUCUUAUGGCGACGGUGAACCUUGAUAGCCCCCGGGGCACUCUCUGGGGAUACGCUAUAUUCGCCGGUGCUGGACUUGGGAUGAUCCUGCCCAUUGUCAUGGUGGCAGCUCAGAUGGAUACACCACCUGAGCUAAUUUCUAUUACAUCCGGCCUAAUAACUUCUAUCCGAUCCGUCGGAGCUGCGAUUGGAUUGGCAAUCAACACCGCAACUAUCCAUAAUUCUCUUGCAAAGAACUUGGUUCCGAAGAUCGCUGCAGCCAUUCUGCCAUUGGGAUUCCCCGAGGCUGAACUGCCUGCAAUUAUUGCUGCCCUUGUAACACAAAGUCCGGCUGCAGUGGAAGCUGUUCCUGGUGUUACACCCACCGUGAGUCUUGCUGCGCUUGUGGCAUAUAAAGAGGCGUACGGUAUUGCAUUCCGCAAUGCCUGGAUCACAGCUUCUUGUAUUGUUUUCGUGGCGGCCAUCGAAUUCAAUGCCCACAUUGACGCACCUGCCGAAGGGAAUUUCUUUCCAACUAAGACUGAGAUUGAGGCAGGGCCAGAUCAUGAGAAGGAGAUUCCUCAACACGCACACCGUGAGACCGUUGAGUAG